CCGUCGUUUGCGACGGGCCCCGAACUCUCUAACUUAUCAUGUUAAAAGCCUCGUCCUCUGCUGCUCGGGCGAGCACCCGUGCUACGCGCACCCGCAAUUUCGCUACCGUCGCCGAUACCCCUGUGCGACGAUAUGGGGGCUUGAAGGAUCAAGACCGAAUUUUUACGAACGCAUAUUGCCGACAUGAUCAUGGGAUAAAGGGCGCUCAGUCCCGUGGUGAUUGGCACAAGACGAAAGAUAUCCUGCUCAAGGGUGACUCCUGGAUCAUUCAAACCAUGAAGGAUUCGGGCCUCCGUGGACGAGGCGGAGCUGGCUUCCCUUCCGGACUGAAGUGGAGUUUCAUGAACAAGCCCGGUUGGGAGAAGGAUCCAAGGCCACGUUACCUCGUCGUGAAUGCCGACGAGGGUGAGCCAGGAACGUGUAAAGAUCGUGAGAUCAUGCGCGGCGACCCCCACAAGCUCGUCGAGGGCUGCCUUGUCGCCGGACGCGCCAUGAACGCCAGCGCGGCAUACAUCUACAUUCGCGGCGAGUUCUACCAGGAGGCGUCCCACGUCCAGCAGGCGAUCACGGAAGCGUACAAGGCCGGCCUCAUCGGCAAGAACGCGUGCGGCUCCGGCUACAAUUUUGACGUCUACCUCCACCGCGGCGCGGGCGCGUACAUCUGCGGCGAGGAGACGGCGCUGAUCGAGAGUUUGGAAGGCAAGCAGGGCAAGCCGCGCCUGAAGCCGCCGUUCCCGGCCGACGUAGGCCUGUUCGGCUGCCCCACGACGGUGGCGAACGUCGAGACCGUCGCAGUCGCGCCUACGAUCUGCAGGAGAGGUGGCGCGUGGUUCGCGAGUUUCGGUCGGGAGAGGAACCAGGGCACGAAGCUGUACUGCAUCAGCGGUCACGUCAACAACCCUUGCGUCGUGGAGGAGGAGAUGAGCAUACCGCUCAAGGACCUGAUCGAGAAGCACUGCGGCGGUGUCCGGGGUGGAUGGGACAACUUGCUCGGAAUCGUCCCUGGUGGAAGUUCGGUACCGAUCAUUCCCAAGAAGACUUGUGAGGAGGUUCUCAUGGACUACGACUCCCUGAAGGACGCUCAGACCGGUCUGGGUACGGGUGCCGUCAUCGUCAUGAACAAGAGCACGGACGUCGUCAAGGCGAUCGCUCGCUUCUCUCACUUCUACAAGCACGAGUCGUGUGGCCAAUGCACGCCGUGCCGAGAGGGUACUACCUGGAUGAUGAACAUGAUGGAUCGUCUCGUCGAGGGACGUGGACAUCAGCGAGAGAUCGACAUGCUGCUUGAGAUCACCAAACAAGUUGAAGGACGCACCAUCUGCGCCCUCGGCGACGCCGCCGCUUGGCCCAUACAAGGCCUCAUGCGCCACUUCCGCCCCGAGGUGGAGAAGCGCAUCGCUGACUACCGGGCGAAGAACGGGCCGGUACUGUUCGGUGGCAAGCUCGCCAGCCAGGUUGACCCCACGCUUGCGGUCCCUGACAACCUUGGAGCCCAGCUCCCUGUUUGAAGGUAGCUUACCGUACGUUUCGGCGUAGGUCCCUUGCCGAGUGAUUAGUGAAACGUUUUUGUAAGACGAUAGUAGAACCCCACGUUUGAGGGUCAAUUCAUAUCUCGGAUUACCUCCC